AUGGAGAAACGAGUAGUUGUAGAGCUUCUAUUGUUGUCUUUCUUAGCCUGUUGUUGUUUCAUGACUUCAGCGAGUGUGGUUCUGAUGGGGAAUAACGUCACCAUGUCUUUCGAUGACAUUGAAGCUAAUUUCGCUCCGCCGGUGAAGGGUUCGGGCGAAUGCGGAGUGCUGUAUGUAGCAGAGCCUCUUGAUGCCUGUUCAGAUUUGACUAAUAAAGUUGUGAACGCUUCGAAUUCGAGCUCACAAUUUGUGCUGAUGAUAAGAGGAGGGUGCAGCUUUGAAGAUAAAGUUAGGAGAGCACAGCAAGCUGGGUUCCAUGCUGCGAUUGUCUACGAUGAUGAAGACAGUGGUUUAUUGGUUGCAAUGGCAGGGAACUCAGCUGGCAUAAGGAUACAUGCAGUCUUUGUCGCAAAGUCUGCAGGCGAAACACUAAAGAAGUAUGCUGGGUGGACUAACGUGGAUAUAUGGAUAAUACCCAGCUAUGAGAAUUCAGCUUGGUCUAUCAUGGCAAUCUCUUUCAUCUCUUUGCUGGCCAUGUCAGCAGUUUUGGCCACUUGUUUCUUUGUCCGGAGGCAUCGCAUAAGAAGAGACCGUCCUCGGUCUUCUCGUGCUAGGGAAUUCCAUGGGAUGAGCAAGCGCCUUGUGAAAGCAAUGCCAAGCCUCAUCUUUAGUUCUGCUGUUCAGGAGGAUAAUUGUACUUCAACAACUUGUGCCAUUUGCCUUGAAGAUUACAGUGUCGGGGAAAAGAUCCGGCUUCUGCCUUGUCGACACAAGUUCCAUGCUUUAUGUGUCGAUUCUUGGCUUACAUCAUGGAGAACAUUCUGUCCGGUGUGCAAGAGAGAUGCAAGGACGAGCACAGGGGAGCCACCAGCAUCUGAAUCCACACCAUUGCUCUCAUCAAACCCGUCUUCGGUAGCUUCCUCUUCUGUUCUAUCAUCCUUUAGAUCCACAACAUCGUCAGCUAUAAGAAUUGGUCAGCCAUCUCGGUCCCCGUCAGUUUCUCAUUUCCCUUCGUACUCCGGUGGCACCCCUUAUGCCCCGCAGUCCUCCAUUGGCUCGUGCCAUCAAUCAUCGUAUUCCCUCAGCAUGAGCCGAAGCAAUGCUGAUCUAAGGAACAUGUCUUCACAUCGAUCUCAAGCUUCUCAUUUGAUUUCUCCCUACGGCUACCCUUCCAUGUCGCCCCUGAACACGGCGCGCUACAUGUCUGUAUACAACCCUAGUCCAAGCAAUGCCUCGCCGAGCUUAGUGGGAUCCACGAGUUAUCAGCCUCGCCCUCUACAUUGUAGCGAAUCUAAUGCGAGCUUAGUGGGAUCCACGAGUUAUCAGCCUCGCCCUCUACAUUGCAGCGAAUCUUAUGCGAGCUUCUCACCGUUUGCUUCUACCCACUCCCUUCCUGACUGUUGA